CGCUCUUCUGGUUGAAGAGAAUUCGUAUGCUCUGGCAUCAUUGUUGAUCGAGGACAGAAUCCAGAAGAAGAAGAAGAAACAAAAGCUCAGUAUGGACAACCGAAACGUCGUCGUCUGCGACAAUGGCACCGGGUAUGUGAAAUGUGGGUUUGCCGGCGAGAAUUUUCCGACGUCGGUGUUUCCGUGCGUGGUGGGAAGGCCCUUGCUUCGCUACGAGGAAUCACUCAUCGAACAAGAGCUCAAGGAUACUGUAGUUGGAGAAGCUUGCGCGGAAUUCAGACAUCAGCUGGAUAUCUCUUACCCUGUUAACAACGGUAUCGUGCAAAACUGGGAUGAUAUGGGUCAUGUUUGGGACCAUGCCUUUUUCAAUGAACUCAAAAUAGAUCCAACCGAGUGCAAGAUUUUGCUCACGGACCCACCUCUUAAUCCUUCAAAGAACCGUGAGAAAAUGGUUGAGACAAUGUUUGAGAAGUACAAUUUUGCCGGUGUAUUUAUUCAAAUCCAAGCCGUUUUGACAUUGUAUGCUCAAGGUUUGUUGACUGGGCUAGUGAUUGACUCUGGUGAUGGUGUAACUCAUGUGGUCCCCGUUGUUGAUGGUUACUCAUUCCCUCAUCUUACAAAGCGAAUGAAUGUAGCUGGCCGACACAUUACCUCUUAUCUUGUUGAUUUGCUCUCUCGGAGAGGGUACGCAAUGAAUAGGAAUGCAGACUUUGAGACUGUUAGGGAAAUUAAGGAGAAGCUCUGUUACAUAAGUUAUGAUUACAAGAGGGAGUACCAACUGGGUCUUGAGACCACCAUCCUUGUAAAGAAUUACACUUUGCCAGAUGGAAGGGUCAUUAAAGUUGGCACUGAACGAUUCCAGGCUCCCGAGGCUCUUUUCACCCCUGAACUGAUCGAUGUCGAAGGUGAUGGGAUGGCUGACAUGGUGUUUCGUUGCAUUCAGGAAAUGGAUAUUGACAACCGAAUGAUGCUUUACCAGCAUAUAGUUCUAAGCGGAGGGAGCACAAUGUAUCCUGGUUUACCUAGUCGUUUGGAGAAAGAGAUUCUGGAUCGUUAUCUUGACGUUGUUCUGAAGGGUAACAAAGAUGGAUUGAAGAAAUUGCGGCUACGCAUUGAAGAUCCGCCACGAAGAAAACACAUGGUGUAUUUAGGCGGUGCAGUCCUUGCAGGAAUUAUGAAGGAUGCUCCUGAGUUUUGGAUUAGCAGAGAAGACUAUCAAGAAGAAGGAAUUAAUUGUCUAAGCAAGUGUGGCCAGGCAUGACAUCCCUUUGAGGUCAGUUGUUUUGGGUACUUGGAAUAGAGUCAGUUUCAAGCAUACGUAUAAAGGGCCAAGAUAUCAAGAUAUGAGGCUGUGUUUGAGUAGCUUUUGAAAGGACUCCUGUGAAACCAUCAUGAAUACAUCUCUGUGAAGCCGUCUGCGAGCCUAAUGGGGAAGAGUUUGGUGGUCUGAUGAGAACAAACAGAAGUGCAAUCACAAGAGCUGUAAUAUUAAACUAUAGAUUGUUGCGUGUUUCAUUGACAUUAUAAUGCUCAUACUCAAGGUUUCCACUUUUAGCUUGAUUCCUACUGGCUUUAUUUUUAUUUGGAUUCUGUAAUGAGUAUAAAUACAUGUAAACACAGAUUGACGUUGUGAAGUUCGCUGAAACACUAAGGACGCUUUUAUAAGAGUGACGGUGAAGGAGUGAGUACUCC